AUGUGCCCCCCCGCCGACGCCCCCAUCGAGAACGCCGACCAGGAAAUGGUCGCCAUUGACACCACCACCCCCCACAUCAGCGAUACUUCCGCCAGCAACGUCAACAGCACGAACGGCACCGCUGCCGCCCAGCCCCCACCUGUCAAGGCCCACAAGGGCGUAUACGGCCGUGCCUCAGACUUCUUGAGCAACACUUCCAACUGGAAGAUCAUUGAAUCUACAUUGCGGGAAGGCGAGCAGUUCGCCAACGCCUUCUUCUCCCUCGAGACCAAGAUCAAGAUCGCUAAGAUGCUUGAUGAAUUUGGUGUCGAGUACAUCGAGCUCACCUCCCCCGCCGCCUCUCCCGAAUCUCGUGCUCACUGCGAGGCCAUCUGCAACCUUGGCUUGAAGAGGACCAAGAUCCUGACCCACAUUCGAUGCCACAUGGACGAUGCUCGUUUGGCUGUGGAGACUGGUGUUGACGGUGUGGACGUUGUCAUUGGCACCUCCUCUUUCCUGAGAGAACACUCUCACGGCAAGGACAUGACUUGGAUCACCAAGAAGGCCAUCGAAGUCAUCGAGUUUGUCAAGUCCAAGGGUAUCGAGAUCCGAUUCUCUUCGGAAGACUCUUUCCGAUCUGAGCUUGUUGACUUGCUCUCCAUCUACCGAACUGUCGACAAGAUCGGCGUGAACCGUGUCGGUGUCGCUGACACAGUCGGCUGUGCCGAUGCUCGACAAGUAUACGACCUCGUUAGAACGCUGAGAGGCGUCGUCAGCUGUGACAUUGAAACUCACUUCCACAAUGACACUGGAUGUGCUAUCGCCAACGCCUAUGCUGCUCUCGAGGCCGGUGCCACCCACGUCGACACCUCCAUUCUUGGUAUCGGUGAGCGAAACGGUAUCACUCCUCUCGGCGGUCUCAUCGCCCGAAUGAUGGUCGCCGACCCCGAUUACGUCAAGAGCAAGUACAACCUCUCCAUGCUCCGAGAGCUUGAGAACACUGUCGCCGAAGCUGUAGAGAUUCAAGUUCCUUUCAACAACUACAUCACUGGUUUCUGUGCUUUCACUCACAAGGCCGGUAUCCACGCCAAGGCCAUUCUCGCCAACCCCUCCACCUAUGAAAUUUUGAACCCCGCCGACUUUGGUAUGACCCGAUAUGUCUCUAUCGGUCAUCGAUUGACUGGCUGGAACGCCGUCAAGAGCCGAGUCAAGGACGCCACUGCCAAGAUUAAGGAGCUUGCCGACGUGCGAACGCAAUCCAUGGAGGAUGUUGACAUGAUUCUGCGUAUCUACCACACUGGUAUCCAGAACGGUGACCUCAAGGUCGGCCAGUCCGCUGUUCUCGACCGACUUCUCGAGAAGCACAUGCCCACAACAAGAGAUAACUCUCCCAGUGGCAAGUCUGUUGACACUGCAGGCAACCCUGCCAAGAGGGCUCGGGUCGGAGAACCCUCUGCUUAG